GGUGCUCGUUAAAGGCGGCGGAAAGAGACUCUCAGUGGCUUCAUUCACUCUGCGUUAGCCAACCAGUCAGCCAGCUAGCCUCCGCGCUAAUGAAGCUAACGCGGCUAGCGGCGUAUAGCAGCAUUUACACACUUUCUUUAUUUCUGUUGGUGAGUUAAAGCACAGAUUAGUGUCCACACAGGGAAGACUCAGGUAAACACCAAAGCAGCCCGUAAAAAAACUGACCGGCUGAGGCUAACUCGACAUUAAGCUGCACCUAUCGCGGCCAGGUGAGCCUCCCUUUCGUAUCACUUCCUGAAUUCUUGAGUACUGGAGUUAGUUGAUUUACAUAGCAGGUGACUGAGUUGCACAAUGCUUUUGAAUGUAUGUCAGUACAACACCCAGAAACCCAUCAGGUUUUACCGAGAGUCACUCGGAUGUGCGUGAAUGGGAGCAGACUGUAGGUAGGAAGGACAGCAGGUAGAUGGAUUCCUCCAACUCCUCAGGUGAUGCUUUUCCAGGGUGUAGAGUGGACUGUGGUCACGGUGUUUGGGUCGGACAGAACUGCACCUUAUUGGGUCAGCACCUGCGCUGUCAGCUGGUAAAUGUGACAGACCGCAUCAACACAUCCAGCCUCACUAUGGCUCAAGACAGGGGCAAAUAUGACUUCUACAUUGGCUUGGCGCUGGCCAUCAGCUCCAGCAUCUUCAUCGGAGGCAGUUUUAUCCUCAAGAAGAAAGGACUUCUGAGGUUGGCGAGGAAGGGGUCCACACGGGCAGGGCAGGGAGGUCAUGCAUAUCUGAAAGAGUGGCUGUGGUGGGCAGGUUUACUAUCAAUGGGGGCUGGGGAAGCGGCCAACUUCGCAGCGUACGCCUUUGCUCCUGCGACGCUGGUCACGCCGCUGGGAGCCCUGAGCGUGCUCGUCAGCGCCGUGCUGUCGUCAUACUUCCUGACGGAGCGGUUAAACCUGCACGGGAAGCUUGGCUGCCUGCUCAGCAUCCUGGGCUCCACCACCAUGGUCAUUCACGCUCCGAAGGAAGAGGAGAUCAGCAGCCUCGAGGAGAUGUCUGCCAAGCUGGUUGACCCAGGGUUCCUUCUCUUUGCCACCCUCGUCAUCAUCAUUGCACUCAUCUUCAUAUUCGUUGUGGGUCCCCGCCACGGCCAGACCAACAUCCUAGUCUACAUCACCAUCUGCUCGGUAAUCGGAGCGCUCUCGGUGUCCUGUGUCAAAGGACUGGGCAUCGCCAUCAAGGAAGCGAUCGCCGGGACGAGUGUGGUGAAAAACCCACUGGCGUGGAUCCUGCUCCUGGGUCUAGUGGGCUGUGUGAGCACGCAGAUCAACUACCUGAACAAAGCUCUGGACAUUUUCAACACCUCCCUGGUAACGCCAAUCUACUACGUGUUCUUCACCACGUCCGUGCUCACCUGCUCCGCCAUCCUCUUCAAAGAGUGGGAGCACAUGGGAGCGGACGAUGUCAUCGGCACCCUCAGUGGCUUCCUCACAAUCAUCGUGGGCAUCUUCCUGCUCCAUGCCUUUAAAGACAUUAGCGUGAGCCUGGCCACGCUCGCAGUGUCCAUGAGGAAGGAAGAACGAGCGUUUCCCACAGCCAACGGCAUAGCAUCUCACACCGCCUACGAACUGCUGGACGAGUCGACGACCGGAGACUUGGAGGAGCGGGACAUGGCUUCGCAUUUCGAUAGCGUCUCCAGAAGGAAUGGCACGAUGACGUCCUCGCUGGAUCACUAAGGACCUCCUUAUUCCAGAAGACUCGGCCACGGCUCUGAUGUAGACGUGGAGCGUGAGAACGAUGAGACAAUCAGCGAUCCGGGGCAUGGACAGACCAGUGGAUUGUAGUUAAUGUUUUAAUUUGCCUUACUUUUCUUGGAAUAUGACUCAUGGCUCAUAUUCAUCUCUAGUUAAACUUAAUUUCAUUCCUGUGUAGCGCUGUAAAUAAGUUUUAUAAAAAGGUUUUAUGGACAUGCACCUUCAUGCACUGACUUCCUUUCUAUGAAUCAGAUGAAGUUUUAAUAUAUAUAUAUUCUUUAUGAAGUCCUGCUGACAAUGACUACAUUUGAUAGGACGUUCACUAUGAUUUGAGUUGUGAUACUUGAAGGUAACGGCAGUUAAUGUUGGGAGUUCUGAACUUUUUCUUUGCAGUUUUUACAUUAAAAGCUCGACACAAA